AUGGCGAGAGAGAGGAUUCGGCAGUUGUAUCCACAGUCAAGUUCUUCUUUGCGCUUUGUUGACGGAGAAAUAUGCCCGAUGUGGCUUGAGGCCGUGACAGCUGUAGCCCAGGGCCGAUCCCAGGUUGACAAUGGCUUAUUUCAAGUAUAUAAGCCAGGUCACCUUCGUUGGACGCUCCUCGGGUUCACCUGCCAGGCAUCCAGUCUCUUGUCUGAUCAUCAAGUCGCUAAGAUGAGAAUCAACUCCAGCGUUCUCAGCCCAACGGCACUGGCAGCCCUGUCUCUCCUCGGAUUCGCAAUCCCUGGAGCUGAUGCUGCCUGCAGCUUGCCAACCUCGUACAGGUGGAGAGACUCUGGCAUUCUCGCACAGCCAAAGUCGGGCUGGGUCUCCCUCAAGGACUUCACCCAUGUCCCCUACAACGGCCAAAACCUCGUCUAUGGCACAUACCACGACGGCCGCAACUAUGGCUCCAUGAACUUCGGCCUCUUCACCAACUGGUCCGACAUGGGCCGCGCCAGCCAGAACCAAAUGAACAACGCCGCCGUCGCCCCGACCCUGUUCUACUUCCGCCCCAAGAACAUCUGGGUCCUCGCCUACCAAUGGGGUCCGACAGCCUUCUCCUACCGCACCUCCACCGACCCGACCAACCCCAACGGCUGGUCCUCCGCCCAGCCCUUGUUCUCGGGCACCAUCGCCAACUCGGACACCGGCCCGAUCGAUCAGACCCUCAUCGCCGACGACAAGAACAUGUACCUCUUCUUCGCCGGCGACAACGGCCGCAUCUACCGCUCCGUCAUGCCCCUCAACAACUUCCCCGGCAACUUUGGCACUUCCACCACCAUCAUCUUCAACGGCGCCAAGAACGACUUCUUCGAGGCUGUUCAGGUGUACACCCUCAAGGACUCCUCCCCCACGACCUACCUCAUGAUCAUCGAGUCGAUCGGUGCCCAGGGCCGCUACUUCCGUUCCUACACCACCACCAACCUCGGCGGUUCGUGGACACCCAACGCCGCGAGCGAGAGCAACUCCUUUGCUGGCAAGGCCAACAGCGGCACGACGUGGUCGAACGAUAUCAGCCACGGUGACUUGGUCCGGUCGAGCAACGAUGAGAGGUUCGAGGUUGACCCGUGCAACUUGCAGUUGUUGUACCAGGGGAGGUCGGGGAACAGCAACGAGUAUAACCUAUUGCCGUACAGGCCUGGUCUGUUGACGUUGACGAACCCGGUCGGAUCGCCUAAUCCUAACCCUGCUCCUGGGCCGACGUCGACUGCUCAGACGACGCCGCAGCCGACGGGGGGGAAUGGGGCGACGGUGCCGAGGUGGGGACAGUGUGGUGGGCAGGGGUAUACCGGGCCAACGAGGUGUGAGGCUCCGUAUACGUGCACGGUUUCUAACCAAUGUGAGUUUGCUUGUUGCUCUGAGGAUGAGGGAUGA